AUGGCGCGCUUCCGCGUCCCCUUUGCCAACCUCCCCAUUCCGCCUGCCCUCCGCGUCCUCCCGGCACCGACAAUACGCAUCAUCGCACUCCUCGUCACAAUCAACAUCAUAAUAUGGAUCGUCGCCGGCAUCAUCCUACACUUUCACCCCUCUCUCAUCUCCCCCGCAGCCCUCUCCUACGUCCUCGGCCUCCGCCACGCCCUCGACGCAGACCACAUCUCCGCCAUCGACCUCAUGACCCGCCGCCUCAUCGCUUCCGGUCAACGGCCUGUUACAGUGGGAACCUUCUUCUCCCUGGGUCACAGCACAAUCGUCAUCGUCACCUGCGUCGUCGUAGCCGCCACGAGCGGCGCGCUACGGGACCGCUUCGAUGGCUUCACGCGCGUGGGGAACAUCAUCGGCACGAGCGUCAGCGCGGCAUUCUUGCUGCUUCUGUGCGCUGGGAACGGGUGGGUGCUGUAUAAGCUCAUCCGGAGGUUGCGGGUUGUGCUGGAGGAGGAGAGGCGGCGCGGGAUAGAGGGGUACACGCCUACCGAGGAGGAAGAGGGCGACGCGGCAACGGAUCUCAAGUUGGAGGGCGAGGGGUUCCUGGCCAAUGUGUUUAGAAAGGUUUUCCGUGUCGUCGACCGGCCUUGGAAGAUGUUUCCUCUGGGGAUCCUUUUUGGGUUGGGCUUUGAUACGAGUUCCGAGAUUGCUAUUCUUGGGUUGUCGAGUGUGCAUGGUGCGCAGGGGACGAGCAUCUGGCUUAUUCUCAUUUUCCCCGUUCUUUUCACAGCUGGCAUGUGCCUCCUCGAUACCACCGACGGCGCCCUCAUGAUGGCCCUUUACACCUCAAAGGCAUUCUCAAGAGACCGCGUUGCUAUCCUCUACUACUCCAUUGUCCUCACCGGCAUCACCGUCUUCGUCUCGGCAUUUAUCGGAAUCAUUCAGGUGCUGUCUCUCAUCGCCAACGUCGCUGAGCCCGAAGGGAGCUUCUGGGACGGCGUCGACGCGAUCGGGGAGCACUUUGACAUCAUCGGCGGCAGCAUCUGCGGUCUCUUUGUCGUUGUUGGACUCGGUUCGGUGGUGGUGUACCGGCCUUGGAGGAGGAGCAUCGACAAGAAGAAUCAGGAGAGGGCUGUGCUUGUGCCUGAAGAGGAGAGGGGUUUGGGAGCGGGUGAAGGGCCAAGUUAUGGCGCUGUUCAGCCUGGCGAGCCUGUUUUGAAGAAUGGUGCUGUGACAACUGAGAGUGAUGUGCAAGCGUAG